AUGUCACUGCUCGAUCUGCCGAAUGAGCUACUCCUAAGUGUAUCAGAAUACCUAGCGUCGGAGGGAGACGUCAACGCCGUUGCGCAAGCCAACCGCCACCUCAACCGGCUCUUAGGAUCCUACCUAUACCGCUACAACGUACAGCAAUCUGGAAGCUCAGCGCUGUUGUGGGCUGCCCGACAUGGUCGAGAGGCGACAGCGCAAAAGUCGCUGAGGGAAAGAGCCAACAUACAGGCCACAGAUGACGAGGAGGCGGAGGAGAUAGCGCUAUUCUUGGCGGCAGAAAAUGGGCAUAAACAGGUGGUGAAGCUGCUACUGGACAAAAGCAUCGACGUCAACGCACAGGAUGGAUGCUACGACGACGCACUCUGCGUGGCUUCAUAUAAAGGCCACGAGGCGGUGGUAAGGCUACUGCUCGACGAAAGCCCUAACUCGAACGCACGGCGCGGAUACUACAGCAACGCACUUUACGCAGCUUCACAAGGAGGUCACGAGACGGUGGUGAGGCUGCUACUGGACAGGGGCGCUGACGUCAACGUACAGCGCAGACACUACGGCAGCUCACUCCAGGCGGCUUCGCAAGGAGGUCACGAGGCGGUGGUCAGGCUGCUACUGGGCCAAGGUGCCGACGUCAACGCGAAGGGCGGAGUCUACGGCAGCUCACUCUACGCAGCUUCGCAAGGAGACCACGGGGCAGUGGUCAGGCUACUACUGGACCGAGGUGCCGACGUCAAUGCACAGUGCGGACACUACGGUAACGCACUCCAGGUAGCUUCAGCUAGAGGCCACUGGGACAUCGUGAAGCUACUGCUGAGCAAAGAACCAAACAAGGCUAUUCUGACAGCAAAGAAUACCCCCGCUCAACAUAACGACUAG